AUGCCAUACCACCUAUCCGAAUCGCACAAGAAGCUCAUCUCCUCGCACCUGAGCGAGAGCGACCCAGAGGUGGACGCGAUCAUCAAGGAUGAAAUUGACAGGCAAAAGCACUCGAUUGUGCUGAUUGCGUCGGAGAACUUGACGUCGACCGCCGUGUUCGACGCGCUAGGAACGCCGAUGUGCAACAAGUACUCGGAGGGCUACCCCGGCGCGCGCUACUACGGCGGGAACCAGCACAUCGACCGCAUGGAGCUGCUGUGCCAGCGCCGCGCGCUGGAGGCGUUCCACGUGACGCCGGACCGCUGGGGCGUCAACGUGCAGUCGCUGUCCGGGUCGCCCGCGAACCUGCAGGUGUACCAGGCGCUGAUGAAGCCGCACGAGCGGCUGAUGGGUCUGCACCUGCCCGACGGCGGGCACCUGUCGCACGGCUACCAGACGGAGACGCGCAAGAUCUCCGCGGUAUCGACGUACUUCGAGUCGUUCCCGUACCGCGUGGACCCGGAGACCGGCAUCAUCGACUAUGACACGCUCGAGAAGAACGCGGUGCUGUACCGGCCCAAGAUCCUUGUGGCGGGCACCUCCGCGUACUGCCGGCUGAUCGACUACAAGCGGAUGCGCGAGAUCGCCGACAAGGUCGGUGCGUACCUGAUGGUCGACAUGGCGCACAUCUCGGGGCUGGUCGCCGCAGGCGUCAUCCCCUCGCCCUUCGAGUACGCCGACAUCGUCACCACCACCACCCACAAGUCGCUCAGAGGCCCACGGGGAGCCAUGAUCUUCUUCAGGAGAGGCGUGCGCUCCGUGCACCCAAAGACCGGCGAGGAGGUAAUGUACGACCUCGAGGGCCCUAUCAACUUCUCCGUCUUCCCCGGCCACCAGGGCGGCCCCCACAACCACACCAUCUCCGCCCUGGCCACCGCGCUCAAGCAGGCGACGACCCCCGAGUUCAGGGAGUACCAGGAGCUCGUGUUGAAGAACGCCAAGGUCCUGGAGACCGAGUUCAAAAAGCUCAACUACCGCCUCGUCUCCGACGGCACCGACUCCCACAUGGUCCUCGUCUCCUUGCGCGAGAAGGGCGUCGACGGCGCCCGCGUCGAGCACGUCUGCGAGAAGAUCAACAUCGCCCUCAACAAGAACUCCAUCCCAGGCGACAAGUCCGCGCUCGUGCCCGGCGGCGUCCGCAUCGGCGCCCCCGCCAUGACCACCAGGGGCAUGGGCGAGGAGGACUUCGCCCGCAUCGUCGGCUACAUCAACCGUGCUGUCGAGAUCGCCCGUUCCAUCCAGCAGUCGCUGCCCAAGGAGGCCAACAGGCUCAAGGACUUCAAGGCCAAGGUCGAGGACGGCACCGACGAGAUAGCCCAGCUCGCCCAGGAGAUCUACAGCUGGACUGAGGAGUACCCUCUGCCUGUCUAA